ACCAAGCCAGCGGCGCUGGACAAUGAGCCGGGCCGCUGGAAGCUGCGGCCACUUAUAGGGGAACGUGGGCGGGCCGGCGGCUCAGCGGCUCCACCUGCGAGGAGAGGGCGGGAUGCCAGAGCCAGGUGUCCCGGCGCGCUAAGGGCCCUCACGGCCAGGCGUCCCUGAGCUGGUCCUCGCGUUGCCACUGGGCUGCCUGCAGGUUUUGGCUGGGACGGUUUCCUGCGGGGAGCCCUCGGAGCAGUCCUGAUGGCCAGCACCAGGAGCAUUGAGCUGGAGCACUUUGAGGAACGGGACAAAAGGCCGCGGCCAGGGUCGCGGAGAGGGGCGCCCAGCUCCUCCGGGGGCAGCAGCAGCUCGGGCCCCAAGGGCAACGGGCUCAUCCCCAGCCCGGCGCACAGUGCCCACUGCAGCUUCUACCGCACGCGGACCCUGCAGGCCCUGAGCUCGGAGAAGAAGGCCAAGAAGGCGCGCUUUUACCGGAAUGGGGACCGCUACUUCAAGGGCCUGCUGUUUGCCAUCUCCAGCGACCGCUUCCGGUCCUUCGAUGCGUUGCUCAUGGAGCUCACCCGCUCCCUGUCCGACAACGUGAACCUGCCCCAGGGUGUCCGCACCAUCUACACCAUCGACGGCAGCAAGAAGGUCACCAGCUUGGACGAGCUGCUGGAAGGUGAGAGUUACGUGUGUGCGUCGAACGAACCGUUUCGUAAAGUUGAUUACACCAAAAACACUAAUCCUAACUGGUCUGUGAACAUCAAGGGUGGGACCACCCGUCCCGCGACGGCGCCCUCCUCAGGGAAGAGCGAAGUGAAGGAAAGUAAAGAUUUCAUCAAGCCCAAGUUAGUGACUGUGAUCCGAAGCGGCGUGAAGCCGAGAAAAGCUGUGCGCAUCCUUCUGAACAAGAAGACUGCUCAUUCCUUUGAACAAGUCUUAACGGAUAUCACCGAAGCCAUUAAACUAGACUCGGGAGUGGUCAAGAGGCUCUGCACACUGGAGGGGAAGCAGGUUACUUGCCUGCAAGACUUUUUUGGUGAUGAUGAUGUUUUUAUUGCAUGUGGACCUGAAAAAUUCCGUUACGCCCAAGACGACUUUGUCCUGGACCACAGCGAAUGCCGUGUCCUGAAGUCGUCUUAUUCUCGCUCCCCAGCUAAGUAUUCUGGAUCCAAAAGCCCUGGGUUCUCUCGACGCAGCAAAUCGCCAGCCUCAGUAAAGAGGGGUGGCCACUACCCCAGUGCCUACUCUACAGCCAGAUCCCCAGUUAACGGAACUCCGAGCAGCCAGCUCUCCACUCCUAAGUCCACGAAAUCCUCCAGUUCCUCUCCAACGAGCCCAGGGAGUUUCAGAGGACUAAAGCAGAUUUCUGCACAGGGCAGAUCUUCUUCCAACAUAAACGGUGGACCGGAACUUGAUCGCUGUUUGAGUCCCGAAGGAGUGAAUGGGAACAGGUGCUCUGAAUCAUCGACACUUCUUGAGAAAUACAAAAUUGGAAAGGUUAUUGGUGACGGCAAUUUUGCAGUCGUCAAAGAGUGUGUGGACAGGUCCACUGGGAAGGAGUUUGCCCUGAAGAUCAUAGACAAAGCCAAAUGCUGUGGAAAGGAGCACCUGAUCGAGAAUGAAGUGUCCAUCCUGCGCCGAGUGAAGCACCCGAACAUCAUCAUGCUGGUCGAGGAGAUGGAGACGGCUACGGAGCUCUUUCUGGUGAUGGAGCUGGUCAAAGGUGGAGACCUCUUCGAUGCAAUUACCUCUUCCACCAAGUACACCGAGCGCGACGGCAGCGCCAUGGUGUACAACCUGGCCAACGCCCUCAGGUACCUCCAUGGCCUCAGCAUCGUGCACAGAGACAUCAAGCCGGAGAACCUCCUGGUGUGCGAGUAUCCCGAUGGCACCAAGUCCUUGAAGCUGGGCGACUUUGGGCUGGCCACUGUGGUGGAAGGCCCCUUGUACACCGUCUGCGGCACACCGACUUACGUGGCCCCAGAAAUCAUUGCCGAAACCGGCUAUGGCUUGAAGGUGGACAUCUGGGCGGCCGGCGUGAUCACGUACAUACUCCUCUGUGGAUUCCCCCCUUUCCGAAGUGAGAACAAUCUUCAGGAAGAUCUCUUUGACCAGAUCUUGGCUGGGAAGCUCGAGUUUCCAGCCCCCUACUGGGAUAACAUCACAGACUCGGCCAAGGAAUUAAUCAGUCAGAUGCUUCAGGUCAAUGUUGAAGCUCGGUGCACCGCGGGGGAAAUCCUGAGUCACCCCUGGGUGUCAGAUGACGCCUCGCAGGAGAACAACAUGCACGCCGAAGUCGCAGGUAAACUGAAGCAGCACUUUCACAACGCGCUCCCCAAACACAACAGCACCACCACCGGGGUCUCCGUCAUCGUGAACACGGCUCUAGAUAAGGAGGGGCAGAUCUUCGGCAGCAAGCACGGUCAGGACAGCGGCCGAGCCUGGGUGGAGCCUGCCUGUCCAGUUCCCCCCUGUGCCGAGGAGGCCCCCGAGUCCGGGGCGGCAGCCUCGGCCCCUGCCCCGCCGCAAUCGCCCACGCCCCCCUGCCCUCCCGCUGCCACGGGCUGUGAGCGGGCAGGGACCUGGCGCCGCCACCGUGACUGACACCGGCAGGCACGCAGGCCUGAGCCUGGCCUGCUGGUCCUCAGGCUGCCGCCCGGCCCGGUUCAAGCCCUGGGCUGUGCCCUCCGGUUCCCGGGGGUGUCACCUGCAGCCUCAGCUUUGGUGACAGAUAUUCAGAGCGGCUUGGUUUCAAUGAUCCUACUUUCGGCUCAACGGACAUUUUACAGCGUCACCAGGAGAAUGUGCAACUUUUUUUCCAGGAUUUAACUCAUUUUUAUAGAAACACUUCGGAUGAGAGCCGAGACCUCUCCCUUCUUUAAGGAAACUCAGAGUGCUUCUUUUUUCUUACCACGCACUUCGGACUGCACCCGCCCCUUGGUGGGUGUCCUGUGGGAGGUGACGCGGCGUCUUCCUCGGCGCAAGGGUUGGGGGACCGGCGUUCCACCGGCAGAAGCGCGCGUCGGAGGGACAGUCUGGCCUCGGACACCAGUCCCACCCAGGGCCCCCGAAGGGCUCUCAGGCGCCGCCACGCGGCUCGGGGGUGCUGGGCUCACCGCAGACAGCCCCGGGCCUCUGUGUGUGCGCGGACCACUCGGGAAGGGCACUUUCUCCCCCAGACGUUGUGUGUUCCCCCCAACCCCCCCCCCCCCCCACGUGAAUUUAGAAUGCUAACAGAGCGGGAUGGCCCCGGCGUCCCCCCAGGCUCCUCGCCCGCGGACACAGCCCCCCCGCGAGACGCAGCGCCGGCGGCCCUGGGCGAGGUGCUCCGCAGACCCCCCUGGUAUCACCCUCCCGGAAGGCUGCUGGCAGUUUUUCCUGUUUUCCACCACUCUGCUCUUUUUAACAAUUGUACAUAGUAGUGUCUUUGUUUUACCUGCUCGCCUUCUAAACCGGCGGGCCCUGUAGUUCCUUUGCAUUGUUAGAUUUCCCCCCACAUGUGUACCCGACCUGCA